AACAUUGGUCAAAAUAUCAGUUGACGCCAAAUUUCUCUUUCGAUUCGUUGUAUUUUUGUCACUUCGAUUUAGUUUUUUGAAUUUUGUAUAAAUAGUGUAAAACAUAUAUUUUAUAAAUAUUGCCAAAGUGUACUUUAAAUGAAAAUUGAUGAUAUUAUAUGAAGCGUUUAUGAUUUCAAUGAGAGCGCUACGUCAUUUGGUAAAUUUAUUAUAAGAAAAAUUGUGCGAAAGUAACGAACUGACAAAUCAGCUGAAGGCUUCCUUUUCCUCUCGUCAACAUCAACGAAAAGGAAGCAAUAUUCGUUAAACGGUUACCAUCGGGUUGCAACCAUUUUGAAAAGAUGAACGAACAGCAGCAAAUACGAGUAGCAAAAAGACAACGUGCAAAUUAUUAGAUUUUAAAUAAUUGUGGGUGUUAACGGUUUACACAGCACGUAAGAUUUUGGGCAUUAAUUCGCACGAAUCAAAUGCACUUCCGGGUGAUUUGUCUGGCACAAAUAUCGUGUUGGCCGGGCCAAAUUGCGCAGGCUCUUUACCAGUAACACUACAACCAUCAGAACAUAACGCCGACUCGCUGUCGCAGCAGCCACCGGCACAGCCCCAUACGCUUAACGGCGGCACAGCAGUGUGCGCAGGAGCGUCUGUAACUACAACUACUGUACCAACAUCAAUUGCAUUAAGUGUGCAACAUCAGCAGCAAAUGGAGCGUUUACGUUUAGCAAAUAUGAUGAAUCAAGAAAUGCAUGCAUUAUGGCCAUAUGGCACAGCUACAUUCCUGUCACCAAUGUUACCAGCACCAAAUAUGGCGUUACCAUACGCACUAGCUGGCACUUUACCGUACGCCGCUGUGCCAAUAUAUCCAGCUGCUGCAGCUGCUGCUGCGGCCGGUAUGCAACAAAAUAUGCCGAACGCACCACAGCAAUGCAACAACAUAUCACCAAUAUCGACUGCCAACACACUACCUGGUUCUGGUGCAUCCUCUGCAUCGACCAGUAGUGCUACAUCUUCCAGCGGUGUGCCAACAAUGCGCUCACAAACGAAUGAUUCAAAUAAGAUUAAUAUACAAAUUGGUUUGCAAUGUGUUAGUCAGAAUUCGCCACUCAAUUUCAAUUCGAUGAAUGAGAUCAAUGCGUCUUUAGCCAAAGUGAAUCUGUUGAAUUUUUGUGGUGGUGUUGCAGAGAAGGAGAACAAAGAGACCUCUUCAUUGCGUAGUUCGCCGAUAUUGUUAAGCUCAGACGAUCUCAACAACAGCAGCGGUAUAUGUAAUAGUAAUGCACUAGGUAGUGGCGCCGGCGGCGAUGCCACUAAUGCCACCAAUUCGCCUGGCAGCGGUGGUAGCUGCACGGUAACACUUUCGCAAGCAAAAUUUAAUGAACUAACACGUCUGGCAUUGCGUGGCAGUGAAAUUGCCGAGAAACUCGCAUACACACAUCGCAAUCGGCCGUGUUUCAAAAAGAUCGACAGCCUCUGUGCGCGCAUGAAACAGGAUCUCAUACGUCCUGAUGGUGUUUUACCCAAUAUCAAUUCACAGGGUAUUGCUUGGGCCGUAAAGGAUUUCAUUUUCGUUUUCACGCGUGUCAUCAAUGCUUGGAUUAUUAUCAAGGGCUAUGUUUAUAAUACACCAGAGGGACUCAAUAAAGUGAAAUCUGCGCUAAGCCCUGACUUUGCUGCCAGCUUUGCCGCAUGGCAAGAUACCACAAUGGAUUUUGUAGAGAAUCUUAUUAAAUCAUUUGUAAAUCUCGACAAUUUGGUGCAAUCGCAGAAGAACGUGUAUCAGAAUUCCGAAAACAACGGUACACGUGCGGCACCCAGCACUACACCCAUUAAAUUAUUACAACCAGUUAAUUCACUGAUUGAUGAUUCGUUCGAUUUCUUAAAUACGUCCACUGAGAAAUCAACGCAGAAUGCGCUCAAUAAAAAUUAUCUUUACACAAUGGUUGAAGACUCGGAGGGUAGUCAGCGACAGGCUACUGUUAACGGUACAUACUUCAAGACGGGCACAUACAAUCCGAUCAAAAAAGACGCAUUGCUUGUGGAUCAAAUAAAUAAUGUGACCACAAGUGUGACUAGUACAUCCGCCACAAGCACAGCGGCACAACAUCUGCUCGCGAACAAUAAUCCACUCGAACAGUAUUUUGAUGAGCAAAUUUCCGAGUUUUGGCCACCCACCGCCGAUGUGGAUACUGCAGCAGCUGCGGAGUAUUUGAAAAUCAAAGAGAAAAUACCACCAAAUUGGUUGAGUUAUGAUAUACGUGUGUUGGAGCAGAAUUUGACGGAGUUCUCCAAUGAUUACGAUCCAAAUGCACCGCCGCGUCCGCUGGGUAAAGAUCUCAUUGAUAAACUGAAUGUGAUGAUUGAGCGACUGAUGGCAAUGAAAAAUGCAGAAUUAUUUUUCAAAUUGCAGUUUACCAAAAAUUAUUUCCCUGAAUUUAUGACCAAGCAUAAACACGAUUUUAUGGAUGUGCGCUCUAUAAUACUCAAGUGUCAAGUGGGUGGCUACCAGCAUAUUUUCGAAGUUGUACACGAUGUUAAGAAAAUAGUGCACACUGGCAAGGAAUAUUUAAAGUUUAAUGUCGACAACAAAUUGCAGAAAUCGAUUAGUGCCUUUGAAAGCGAAUUCAAUAAAUUACUUAGUGAACCACCUUUUGAAAAUUAUCAAUUCGAACAUAUCACCGGUGAACCCAAAGAGAUGCUAUACAAUUGUCGCAAUAAAUAGUGCAAUAAUAUGCUUUUCAUGUACGCGUGUCAUAAAAUAUGUACAUUUUGGUUGCUCUAAAUUGGCAUGUGGUAUGCAAAAUGCAAGGAUUUCAGUUACAAAUCGAAAUAUUACAAAAAAUAGUAUUAGUACGUUUAUAUGAUAUGUAUAUGUAUAUGUAGUUGUUACAAAUAUGUAUAGAGAAUUUGUUGCUUAGAGCACACAUUUCAGUCUAUAAGAAUCUACUAAUAACUUUGAAGUAUAUUCUUACAUAUUUUCGGAUUUUCAUAAAUUUUACAAAAU